AUGGGUUCUGCUGCGCCUACUCUCGCCGAGCUUGAUGCCUCGUACAUCAAGGUGACUCGUUCGACCAAUCUCCGCGAUGUGCCUCUCCCCGGAUCGCCGGAGGAAUUGAGCCAUUCCCACUGCACCGACCAUAUGGUUACUGUCCGGUGGACGGCGAGCAACGGUUGGGAUACGCCUGAAGUGAAGCCCUUCGCCAACCUGAGCAUUCCCCCCACUGCUUCGUGCCUGCACUACGCCACCGAAUGCUUCGAGGGCAUGAAAGUAUACCGCGGCCAGGAUGGCAAGUUGCGCUUGUUCCGACCCGAUCUCAAUGGAGAGCGCUUGGACGGUAGCUCCAAGAGGGCCUCCCUCCCUGGCUUCAGAUUCGCCGAAUUGAAGCACCUCAUCGCGAAACUGAUGCAGAUCGAUGGACCACGUAUGAAUAUCCCCUACCGCUGGCUCCCCAAGGAUCAACCCGGUCGCUUCCUCUACCUCCGCCCCACGGUGAUCGGAAACGGCACCCAGCUGGGCGUACAAACCCCCAAGGAAGCUCUCCUGUUCAUCAUCGCGGUCCCCUGGCCCGACCCGUCGAAGAAGAAGCAAGAGGAGGGUGCCCCCCACGGUCUGAAGCUCCUGGCCUCCCAGCCUGACACGAUCCGCGCCUGGCCCGGGGGUUUCGGAUAUGCCAAGCUGGGCGCCAACUAUGGGCCGUCGCUGGCCGCGCACGGCCGGGCGCAGGCGCUCGGAUUCGACCAGGUGCUCUGGCUGUUCGGCGAGGACCGCAAGGUCACCGAGGCCGGCGCCAGUAACUUCUUUAUCGUCUGGGACAACAAGGAGACUGGCAAGCGGGAGUUGAUCACUGCGCCUCUGGACAGCCAGUUGAUCCUGCCCGGUGUCACCCGUCGUAGUGUUCUGGAGCUGGCUCGGACACACUUCGCUCAGCCCUGCGGCAAGCUUGCGCCCGUCGAGGUCGUGGAGCGGGAGUUCACGAUUGGCGACAUCGAGGAGGCCUGGAAGGAGGGGCGCAUUGUCGAGUCUUUUGUCUCUGGUACUGCGUUCUUCAUCACCCCUGUCAAGCUCAUUCGCAACGGCAACGUCGACAUCGACCUGCUGACUGCUGGCGCCGAGCGCGCAGGCUACGCCGCUCAGAUCAAGUCGUGGCUGGAGGCCAUCAUGUAUGGCAAGGAUGGCCAGGAAAACCACAAGUGGGGCUUUGUCAUUGAAGAUGAGAUUGAGAACUAGGCAGAGAAUUCUGGUUAUGGCAAGGUCCUGGAAUGUUGGUCAUGCAGGGAACGAUUGCCACGUGGGGUCUGUGUAAUGGCGGGGUUGGGCUGCGUGCCUGAAAAGGUGGUGGACUGUACAUAGUGCUGUGUUCUGCUUCUGAUAUAGAGCUAGAUCCUAGAG